GCAAGCCUUCUGCAAACCCCAGGACUACGUAAUCGCAGCUUGUCUUGCUCUUUGAUGUACGGUAGCGUGGCAGAUUCCCUAUCUCCAUGCCAUGCUACCACACCCCUGUGACACUCCCAUCCCAAGAAACGAUGAUGUAUCCAGUCUGAGAGAUGAGUGUUUUGGAACCAGUGGCCAGGAGGAGAAAUUACCCCAACUGAAGACUGGAGUUCAACAUUCCAACAAAGCAGAGCAGAUGCAGAAACUACAAGGAAAACGGGAAGUGUUUGUGCUCAAUCCUACUAUUGGGAUGCCUUCUGGAAAUACCUGUGAACAUUUGAGAGAGUUCAUGACCUGUAGUCAAAGCCCCAAGAUUGAAGCCCUGAUGAAGCAAACCAGCACCAGAGGAGUGGACGGUGCUGUCAUGAAGAAACCACCGACUGGGUAUAAAUGUGUUGUGACAGAAAAAGCAGGGUCUAAUGCCACUAAGGGAACUGCAAAAGGGUAUAAGGAGCCGCUAGCUGCCAAUCAGGGUACUGUCAAAGGUCGGUCAGGUAAUAGCUCUGCUAGGACCGAGACACAGAUGACACAGCAAGGCUUUUUGAUACAUAUGGUCAAAUUGACCUCCAAAGAGGUUUAUAAACAAAGUGUGAAAUUGCUUCUUCCCCAACACCCUAAAAUACUGGGUAGCAUUGUUUUUUUAAUCUUUGCUACUCAGCAAAGCAAAAAAAGGAAGACCAAACGAAAGGCAGUUCAGUGUUGUAUUGAUUUACAUUUCUUUAAUUACUAUGGAGAUUGGCUACUUAAAGCUACAUAUUAGCCAUUGAUUUUUUUUCCUUUAUUGUACUGCUUUUUCAUAUCUUUGAGGAACAUUCACCCAUGCUUUUGGGGGUAUUUCUUUUUUUCUUACUAAUUUGCGAAAGGGAGUAUAUAUAACAAGAACAGUAGCCUUUUUUUUUUCUGUUUUGCAUUUCUCCCAGUUGAUGAUUUUUUAUUUCUAUGUUUUUGAUAUAGAGACAUUUUAUAUUUUACGUAAUUAAAUCUAUCAGUUAUUUUUUGUGGCUUUUGUCUUUUGCCCAAGUCUGGUUUUUAUCUUUCUAAAUAUAUUGAAAAUAUUUGACAUAAGGAAGCUUCCAUCAGGCUGGUCAAUCUUUAGUUGUAGAAAUAUUUUUAAUGUAACCCCCCCAUACUUUUAUUAUGAAAAAUUUCAAACCUACAGAAAAAUGGCAAGAAUUGGACAAUGAAUACUCAUAUGCUUUCUCUAGAUUCACCAAUCAUUAACUUUUUGCCUCAUCUGCUUCAUCUCUCUUUUCCCACUGAAUCAUUUGAAAAAUAAUUGGCGAUCUUAUGACACUUGACACAAAUUACUGUGUCCCCUAAGAACAAGGGCAUUUGCCUACAUAACUACAAUAUAAUUAUCACACUUAAGAAAAUGACAAUGCAAUACAAUUAUCUAAUACACAGACUAUUCAAAUUUCCCCAAUUAUCCCUGUAUUGUUUUCAUUUUCUAGAUCCAGGAUCCAAUCAAGGACAAUACAUUGCAUUUAGUUAUCAGGACUCUUUAGUUUCCUUUCAUCUAGAUGAGUUCCUCAGCCAUUUUUUAUGUCUUUCGCGGCAUUGAUAGGUAAGAAGUCUAGACCAAUUGUUAUCCAGAAUGUACCUCACUUUGGAUUUGCCUGAUUCUUUCUUCAUUAUAUUCAGGUUACAUUUUUUUGGCAGGAGCACUGUAUAGAGGAGGUCAUGCCUUUAUCAGUGUACCACAUCAGGAGGUGCCGGAUAUCAAUUUGUCCCUUUAUUGGUUUGAUCAUUAGGUCAAGAUGGUGUCUGUUAGAUUUCUUCAUAUCCUAGUCCUCAACAGUCCUUCACAUAAUGGUUUUAGCAUCCACUGAUGAUUCUUGGUUGACUUGGUUAUUACUUGGUGGUUUUAAAAUGGUGAUUUUUCUGUUUUUAUGCUUCUGUCUACAUUUAUUGGUUGGCAUUCUCCUGUAAAGAAAAUCUUUCUCUUCCCUUCCUGCCCCACAUACGUUUGUUUAGUAUUGGUAUGGAUUCAUGCAUUUUUAUUGUUGUUAAAUGUGUUCUAAUCCGUUGCUGUAGUUAUUCAUUUUGAUGCUCAAAAUGAAAGCUCAUUCAAGCUGGCCCCUGUGUCCUUGUGACAUAUCCACAUUAGUAUUUGAACAUUCUCUGCUGUAUUUCUUUUUGAAAAACAAAACCCUUUUUUCUCUUAUGCGAAAGGUAGCAUACUGAAUUGAAAUGUGCUGUGAUUGUAAAAUGCAUACUGAA